AUGAAUAAGAGUGUACGUGUUGAACCGACCCCGCCGGAGUGCGCACUGGCCGCCGAGAUGUUCGACCAUUUUUGUUCGGCGGGGACUAUGAAACAAAUCCUUGCUUUGCAUCGGGAAAUAUGCAAUACACUCAACCUGAAACCAAACAGGCUUCCCGAUUUCUAUCCAAAACUAAAGGCAAAAUUAGUCAAGUCGUGGAAAGCGCAGGCUUUGUUCAAAAAAUUUGACCUACGUGCUAACCAUAAGGUGUAUAGCAAAGGUAAAACAUGUGCGCAGACAAAAGUACUCAUCAUUGGAGCCGGACCAUGUGGUCUCAGAGCGGCGAUUGAGUGUCAGCUUCUAGGUGCUAAAGUGGUGGUGAUUGAAAAGCGUGAUCGGAUUUCACGCAACAACGUCUUACACUUGUGGCCCUUUGUCAUCCAGGACCUACGCGCGCUCGGCGCAAAAAAGUUUUUUGGAAAGUUUUGUGCUGGCUCCAUAGACCACAUUAGUAUACGACAGUUGCAGUGUAUUUUGAUGAAGGUUGCUUUGCUACUGGGCGUCGAGUUACACGAAGGUGUCAGCUUCGAAGAGCUUUUGGAGCCGACCAUUACCGAGAACUCGGAAAGACUAGGUUGGAGGGCGCGCGUAUCUCCUAGUGAACAUCCAGUCACACAGUACGAGUUUGAUGUGUUAGUGGGCGCAGAUGGAAAGCGAAAUACACUGCACGGCUUCAAGCGGAAAGAAUUUCGAGGAAAGCUUGCAAUGGCUAUUACGGCUAACUUCAUCAACAGGCACACAGAACAGGAAGCUUCGGUUCCAGAAAUUAGCGGAGUUGCUUUCAUAUUCAACCAAAAAUUCUUCAAGGAAUUAUAUGAAGUGACUGGAAUUGAUCUUGAAAAUAUAGUCUACUACAAGGACGAUACUCAUUACUUCGUGAUGACGGCUAAGAAACACAGUCUUUUGGAUAAAGGAGUGUUGUUGAAUGACUAUGCUGAAGUGUCGCGGCUUCUGAGCGUUGAGAAUGUAGAUCGUGCUGCAUUGAUGCGUUAUGCACAAGAGGCUGCACGAUUUUCAACUGAUGGCCGCUUACCGUUACGAAACUUCGCUCUUAACCACUACGGUGAACCCGAUGUCGCACUUUUCGACUUUACUUCUAUGUACGCGGCGGAAAACGCAAGUAUGGUGUACGAAAGGCAUGGUCGAAAACUUCUAUGCCAACUUGUCGGCGAUAGUUUGCUAGAGCCGUUCUGGCCCACGGGAUCAGGCUGCGCUCGUGGUUUUCUAUCAGCGUUAGACGCGGCAUGGGCCGUACGAGCAUGGGGACAAAGUCCCUGUCCACAUCCAUUGGAGGUCAUUGCUGAAAGAGAAUCUAUAUAUAGACUUUUGGCUCAAACUACUCCGGAGAAUUUGCACCGCGACUUUGGUGCUUACACAUUGGACCCUGGUACGCGCUACCCAAAUCUGAAUCGAACAGCGGUAACACCUCACCGGGUCACCUCGUUCUAUGACUCCGAUGACCCGUUACCCUUGGAUGCCACGUCUGGGGUUAGAAAACGACGACGCGAUGCAGACAUCCCCGAGGAAGCUCUUAUAUCAUGGGUAGGGUGUUCGGAGCCAGGGAUCCGAGCGGCUGCUAGUGCAUCCGCUCUUACAGACCUUCUGCGACGCUACCGCCCUGACCUCAUGCCCCCCAACUCAUCACCACGGGCUGUCUACCAUGUGCUGCAGCAUGAAUUUGGAAUUACGCCGUUUUCGACGAGCGGUCAGACGCGCGACGUGCCUGAAGCUAAGUUGCGCUCCUAUUUAGCGCGAGUGUAUAACGCCUUCAAGGGCGAAGUCCCCCACAUACAUCACCAAACCGACGUGUUCGAUCAGAUCAAAAGAAAUCAACAGAAAGAGAAGCAUGGUCGAAAUACGACGGAUACCUCAGUUUCUGUAUAUUCAAAUGUUGCUGAAAUCGAUAAAUCUACAUCAAGCUACAGAAAGAAACGACGCUCCUUACGCACUCCUCAAGUAAGUAACGAUCCCGCUGAAUACAUAAGAAAAAAGAUCGGCAAGUUAGACCUUAAUGAUAUCACACAACUAGCGCGAUUAAUAGAAGGCCACGACGCAAUUGUAAAAGAAGAUACGUCCACCGAUAAGCAAAAAGAAAUUCAGAACCAAAUAUUAGCAUUAAUUGAUCCGGAAGAUUCUCCAGAUCCAAAAAUAGUCCGAGACACAUUGGCACAGCUACUCCAAGGCAACUCAAAAACACGAACAAAGCCGAAAGAAUCGAAUGAGUCGAAUUUGGAACGUCGAUUUUUCGAAAACAAAAAAGUCGAAUCGACACCAUCGAAGCCACCUCGGAGACUGAAAGGAUUGGAUUACGAUUCCCUAAAAGCGCCCGAUUCAUCAGACACAUUUCAAGACAAUUCCGCAGAUUCAGACGCUACGGUGAUUCAAAUUAAUAAACCAAAGAGGAGUGAAUUCAUUCGGUCAUACUCAACAGAUGAACAAAAGAAAGGGGAGUUAAUUAGUUCUACGUCUAUUGACACUCGUUACCCACAAGCCAGACGACUAUCCGAAGUUAUUGACAUACCCCGAAAAAGAUAUUCGCAAAGCCCUGAAGUGACUUUGAUUGAGCGUUCUCGUUCCAUAGAGUCUUUAGAAACUUCGCAUAAUACGAGAAGAAUAGCUAAAAUUUUAGAAGGCCACAAAAGGAAGCAUACGCUCAAUCCCGAAUCUCAUUCUAUGCGUUCGGGGUCGAUUGAAAAUACAGAAAUAGCGUUGCGUCGGCAAAAAAUAGCCGAUGUUAUCGAAGGGAAACGUUGUAACACGCCAAGUCCUGAACGUACAAAAAGAUUAGAAUCUAUCGGCAACUCUGAAAUGGCAUUGCGAAGACAGCGAGUAGCAGAUUUAAUUCAAGGUAAUAAACCACGGCAGAGCCCCGAAUUGACUCAGAGAAGAAAUUCGAGUGAUAUGGCUUUUAGAAUGCAAAGGGUCUCAGAUAUGAUGCAGAAGAGAAAUGCCGAAGCGAAGCGACCGAAGAGCGGAGGCAGGAGAAAAGCAGCCCGGGAUAUCAUGAAGCAGCGAUUCGAGAAAAGUUUGCAAAUGUUAGCAGCUGAGCCUCGUUUAGAUUUCGCUACGUCCGCAGACCUGGAGAACGACUAUGGAUUGCAGCAGUAUAGGGCCAACGCGCCUCAUUUCGACGAACGUGUGAAGAAACUGGAGAAACAAUUGCAACACUAUGAAGAGGGCCGGAUAGUGGGGGGUGGAAUCAAAGCAGUAGGCGGAGGGGCUCGCGUGGCGCGACUUGCAGCUGAACUUUCAAACACCACUACUACCACAGCACUACCAAAAGCUUCCAAGCCCAAGGAUCUGAUGAGAUCAGUCGGAAAAAUCGAGAGAGACGACUGGAACGUUAAAGAAAUCGAACGAAAGAUUUUGGAGAAUCGGCUCGGCAGGCCCGAACCGAAAGGCGCGGAGAAGGUGCCAAAGUGGGAUAGAGAACAAUUUCUUGGCCGUCAAAGAAGGUUGAAGGAAGGUGAACAGGCUGAAGAGAAGUGGGGUGAAAUCGACGAUACUCUGCACAAACUUGACCAGAAGUUAAAGGACUCAGGUCGACCAGACCAUGGCACCAAAAAGGUCGCUAACUUAGCUACAAAGUUUGUUAAAAGGGAGGAACCUGACACCGCUAAAGUUAUUCCCAAAGAAGAGAGCAAAAAGAGUUGGCGUGGUCCGUCUUCGACAGGAGUACAAUGCGCCUCUUGCGGGAUGCGUGUUUUCGCGGCGGAGGGAGUUACUGCUGAUGGCUUGCAUUUGCACAGGGCUUGUUUUCGAUGCGCUGUUUGCAAGACGGUUCUGAGGCCUGGAAACUACACUAUGGAGCGGUACGGCAGUCGCCUAGUAUGCAUGCGCCACUCGGGCGUUAGCGUUCCGGAUGCCGUAACGGCUACGACCGUUUUGACACCGUCUUCUCAACCUCAAGCCAUCACUUCUACACCGGAACGAAUUAGUCUAGAACUUUCGGACGGUGGCGCGCGAGAAAUCGAUGAAGAUGAAUGGACUGAUAGGAACUGCCUCGCAUCUGAGACAUCGGGUGCCGGUGGACUAAGCGAGGAGGAAUCGUCGGAGGAGUGGACUGACGUUGAAAGCGAUGAUGAAGCGCAAAGAUCACCGAAACCGGUUCGCGAGUCCGCGCCUAGAUCUGCACACCGGACCAAAUCGGACCUGCUCAUGCUUUACUUUUCCGAUGACUCUUUCGGCUACGAUGACUACUCCGAUGAUGGUGCGGAGUCGUCCGGCAACGAGUCGUGCUCGCGGAUGCGCGCGGCGCGCGAGGCGCGGCGGCGCGAGGUGCCCGCGGACGCGCGCCCGCCCACCGACAGCAGCGAGGUGGAGUCUGAAGAUGAAAUUGAAUCAAGUGAUGAAGAGGUGUCUUCAGCGACAGAAGUAUCAACGGACAGCGAAUUUGCCCGCGAGGAAUGUGCUCCGGCACCUUCUCCGCCUGCAAUUAUGGUCACUGAAGCCCCUCCACCGGCCCCCCCACCCACGCAGGAUUACCCACUCAGUAGAACUCGCUCAGCUGGCGGACUUGCUACUAAACGCGCAUUAGAGUUAAAAAGAAGAUAUUUGCUAGGAGAACCAUCUCCACCAGCUGUGAGAAAAUCAGACUCCACUUCCCAGUUAGACACUAAACUUGAAGCGUUCCGUACCAAUAUAACAGAGUUCCAAAAAAUGCUACAUCCAGCACCUGUACUCCCAAGUCAGACUCAACCACAGAAACCUGUUGUUGCUUUGCAGGUGUCGGAGGAAAGUAAAAUAAAACCUAUGCCUGACAUUAUUAAGAACUUAUUCGAAGAUGCGCCGGUUGACUUACUGAUAAAAGUUGAUUCACCGUUAUGUAAAAACGAGUGGCGAGAACUAAUUAAAGAGGAAAAAAAAGAACCCGAUUUGGAAACAGAUUCUCUCUCGGACGAUGAUUCUUGCCAUACAGAAACUGCACCAAACCAAUCAGUACCUAGAGUCGAAGUGCAUGACGAAGGCGGAGAAUUAAUACAAUUAGACAGCUUAAUGCUUAUCAAUAGCAGCACAGAGGAAAAUGACGAAAGAGCUUCAGGAACUGCCACAGGUACAAUUAUUGCAGUGGAAUCAGAAUCGUCUGAAUCUUGUCGUGAUGCUACAACUCUCGCUUUGACUGAGACAGAACUCUCUGAUUGGGCUGCAGAAAGCGCAGUAUUAGAUGAUUGUGGCCUUGAAGAAAAAGAAGAAAAGAAAAGAAAUAAAAAUCCUAGAACUUUAAGUGGUCCUAAAUCUGUGCAUGAUGCUAAAAAUAUAUCUGCUGUUGCUUCACAUGUUUGCGGUCGAACAAGUCCAUUAGAACCUAUUGUUUAUUCAAACGCUUUAGAACAUUUUGAAUUCGUGGAUGAAGGCGACCAAGAUCCAACGAUAGGAACUCCUGUCACUCCACGGAACGAAGGUUACGUGGAAUUCGUUGAUGAUAAUUUGGGUCCUUAUUGCCCGAGUAACGAUCGAUCGAAUAAUUUUUUUGAAAGAAGUUUUUCAGAAACUUUGGUAACGCCUACUGGCCUUGAUGUUAGUAGAGUCGUAAUAACCAAUAAUUUUUCUGAAGUAAUUGAGUUCAUUGAUAAAGACGACUCACAAGAGGAUAGUGAGCCAAAAGUAGAAAGUAAUAUAAAAUCUCCACCACUUGAAUUAAGUGAUAAAUCUAGCAGUGAUAAUGCGAUACAAAAUAAAGUUAUGAAUACUGAAAGAGAAGGAGAAGAUAGUACGAGCAGUAAUAAAGAGUUGGCUGUCGCGGAAAUGAAGAUGGAAUCUAUCAGCUUAUCGGAAAUUUCGCCUCCAUUAGAAAAAACUGAUUCAAAGGCAGAAAAACCAAAACAUCAAAAUACAGUAUUAAAAGAUAAUAUUAUAGUAGAGGAUGCUUCUUCGCCAUUAGCACAAGAUACAUCACGUUUUCGAGAUUUUAAGUAUACUAGUAUAAAUACACCUAUGUCAUUAGUCUCUCCUGGUACUAUAAGAAUGUAUUCACCCGCUAUAUGCCGAUCUGCUAGUGAAACGUUUAAAACAUCUAAUUCUCGAUAUACAGAUUCACCGUCACGUAGUAUGGAGCUGUCAGUGUCAAUUAAUUUAAGCUCUGGAUCGGUGUCACCUAUUAGUCCCUCUCCUUUGCGAGAUAUGACUGAUAAAGUACAGGAGAUUAAAAGAGAGAGAGAAGAACAGACCGAAGUGGUCAGGAGGUUGGUUCUAGAGAGGCUAGGGAAUGAACCACGGCUUGGAAGGAAAUCAACUCGCAAGACGAGGGUUUCACCUGCUGCUAGUGUUCCCCCACCCGUUCCUCCUCCCCCUGUCCUUCCUGUACCUCCCUCGCCGCCGCCAACACCUCCACCUCCCACAUAUUGCUCCCCUCCCCCGAGACCCCAGCCCCCUUUAAUUACUUUACCAGUCACACCAUCAUUUUCCGACCCGGAACUUGCAAGAGAAAGAAGGACAAAAGGUAUAAUGAAGAGCAUUUCAAAUUACUUGAACAGACACCUUGGACCUCGCCACAAGUGGGUCUCGGAGCCGGACCUGACGACGCACGAAAAUCAACAGGCAGUGCGGUGCAACGCGCACAAGUCAACAGGAGCGCUACAAGAAGCGCCACCAGUUCCCCCUCCUCCAGCAUGUUAUUCCCCACCCACAGACGCACAUUCGUCGUAUAGAAGGAUACCAGGUCCAGUGGAUGUAGACGAGCGCGACGCUAUGCAGCUAUGGUUCGAGGCCAGGUGGGCGCGACUGGUGGCUCAAAGACGGGCCCGUGAAUCUUCCCGUCAUGAGCUACUUCGCCAUGAGUCACUGUGUCAUGAGCCUAGCGCAAGAAGACUCGCGCGACUCGAACGACGAUUGAGCAGACCUCUGUCUGCGGAGCAACAAGCAGCCACCGUCGCUGAACUAGUCCAAGUUUCCGCACAACGGGAUGCUCACCAAGCUCUCAUGGCGGCGGAUAGGAGGCGAAGUGCAGCUGGAGGGGGUGUAGGAGAUUAA